GUGCUUGUUUCAGAUGCUAAGUCGGACGUUACGCUUCUUCAGAUUCUCGUAGACUAGAACGUAGUAUUUCGAUCUAACCUAGUCUUAAAUAAAAUAUAGUACAAAGCUAUCGAACUUAGCGCCUCGCGAUAACUUAUUUUCAAACGCUUAACAUAGGUAAAACGGUUUGCCAAAUCGCCUCUAUUUUCUGUAAUAUAUUACAAGAUAGUGUUUAUCGAGGAGCGUCCGUAGUUUUAUAGACGAAAACAAUGCCAGGGGUUCUCAUAAAGCAUCGAUAUCUGGGUGGUUGUGAUUUUUGGUGGGUAGCGUAGGCGGGCGUAGUCAUAAUGUGUGAAGAUAAGGAGGAGAUGCGGAGCGAGGCGGCGCGCGCGGCCAGCCCUCGGCGGCUCUGCUGGCAGCGCCGCCCGCCGCAGCCGCUGCCGGACACGCGCGGCCUCUGCUGCGCCAAGCUGCUUCGCAAGAACGGCAAGCCGAAGAAGGUGUUGCUGUUCCCGGAGGAGGGUUGGGCCCGCAGCGCCUCCUCGUCGUACUGGACGCUGCAGCCCUGCUGGUGGCGCAAGAGCCGGUGCAAGGUCGUCGAGGUCGCCGGCACGAGAAGGCACAGCACACACGCGCGGAUGGUGGUGAGCGGCGGGAACGCCGUGCACGUCGUCGGCACCUUCAAACACCUCGGCACCGACGCCGACUUCAAGUUAUACUUAACGACGAACGUGACGCAGGCGGACUUCAACAUGGGCUACACCAUGACGGGGACGCUGGAGCGCGGCUGCCGCUCCACCAACUCCUUCCAGAUGACGCACUUCGCCGUGCUGCGGCGCUGCGACCACGACGCACAUCAUCUCAAGAACUCAUAAACGACAACACAACAUAUAUGUACUAGGAAAAUCACACAAUUACAGUGCCGCACUUUGGCG